UCACUUCCCAUUGGACGACUCGUGCACUCUUCGGGGAGGAGCUCCACUGGCAGCAAAAAGGAGGAAAGAAUUUAACUGCGCAAAAAGUCCUGUGUGGUGACGGAUGUCCAAAGUUCAGAACUUUUUCAAUGUGCGUUUCAUAGAGACACAGAGAUGGGGACGGCUUAAACACUGCUGAGAUCCACCACGUUGCACUGUUGUUAAGAAUUUCCUCUCGUUUUCUUUUUGAGUGAGCAGUGAGGAGCUGUGAUUUGAGCGCCUCCGCAUUCAGAGGAGCGAGAAGUGGAGCUCUCCGUCUGCGUAUUUUGGAGCUUUAUUUUCGCCGAAUCAAAGUGAAGACAUGCAGGCUCGCUACUCCGUCUCCAGUCCCAACUCACUGGGCGUCGUGCCGUACAUCAGCAGCGACCCGAGCUACUACCGGGCCACUGCCGGUGGGGGAUACACCGGGAUGCCAGCACCUAUGAACAUGUACUCUCAUGCUGCUCAUGACCAAUACCCUGCCAGCAUGGCCCGGGCGUACGGACCGUACACCCCACAACCUCAGCCCAAGGAUAUGGUCAAACCCCCCUAUAGUUACAUCGCGCUCAUCACUAUGGCUAUCCAAAACUCGCCUGACAAGAAGGUGACCCUGAAUGGGAUUUAUCAGUUUAUCAUGGAGAGGUUUCCAUUUUACCGAGACAACAAGCAGGGCUGGCAGAACAGCAUCAGACACAAUCUGUCGCUGAAUGAGUGUUUUGUCAAGGUGCCCCGUGAUGAUAAAAAGCCCGGUAAAGGCAGCUACUGGACCCUGGACCCGGACUCUUACAACAUGUUUGAAAACGGGAGCUUCUUGAGAAGGAGACGACGGUUCAAAAAGAAGGACGUCAUGAAAGAGAAAGAAGAGCGGCUGCAGAAGGAUGUGCCGCCGAGGCAGCAAGGCCGGGAGCAGGAGCAGCCGGUGCAGGGCUCCAAGCCUGUGAGGAUCCAGGAUAUUAAGACUGAGAACGGGACAGUCACGCCACCGCAGUCCGAAUCGCCCUCUUUGAGCACCGUGCCCAAAAUCGAGAGCCCGGACAGCAGCAGCAUGUCCAGCGGGAGCCCUCACAGCAUCCCCUCCAACAGGUCCAUCGGCAUGGACAGCUCAGAGCACCACCAGCACCACGGCCAGGCCUCGACGCAGGGCUUCAGCGUAGACAAUAUCAUGACCUCCCUCCGGGGGUCUCCACAUGGGGACACCGAGCUGACCUCCGGCCUCACUUCCUCCGCCAGGAUAGGUAUAACACCGUCUUUGUCCUUAAACUAUUCUCCAAAUCAGACAUCUGUCUACAGUUCACCCUGUAACCAGAACUCCAUCUCCACUACCUCCAAUGCAACCUAUCAUUGUAACAUGCAAGCCAUGAGCUUGUACGCCGGGGACAGAUCUAGCCACUUGGCACCGAGCACCACCGUGGACGAAACGUUGCCAGAUUACUCAGUCACUACCACCUCAUCCUCCAUGAGCCACGGUAAUCUAAACUCUGGGCAAGAGGGCCACCUUCCGCACCAAGGGAGGCUGACCUCAUGGUACCUCAACCAGGCCGGAGACCUGGGCCAUCUGGGCGCAGCGUACCCAGCACAGCAGCAGAACUUCCAUUCAGUCCGAGAGAUGUUUGAAUCCCAAAGAAUUGGUUUGAAUAAUUCACCGGUGAAUGGGAAUAACAGCUGUCAGAUGUCAUUCCCACCGAGCCAACCCAUCUAUCGCACUUCGGGAGCUUUCGUAUAUGACUGCAGCAAGUUCUGACCAAAAUAAAUAGGCUCAAUAUUUUCCUCACGGUGUUUGAACUCUUCCAGUAAAAUCCAACGUCUCCCCCCUCACCUGCCCACACCAUAUGGACUAGUAUGAGACAGAAAACAAAAAAACAGAAAAGACUUGAUGUUGGUUUUUUCUAAAGAACAGUGUUACUGCAAAUAACACGUAAGUCAAUCUUUGCUUUUGUGGCUUUUUAUGUGAUAUGUUAAGGAUAUGUCAGUUUUCAUGGAGGUGUAAAUUGCAUAUAGUAAUUUAUUUCUAAAAAAAACAAUGUAGCCGGAUAUUAUGGACCAAACACCAAAAAAGUGUUUCUAAAUUGAAUUGCCUUAAUUGUCCAAACAAUUGUUCCAUUAUAAAAGUAAGAAAAAGGAACGUGUAUAUCGCCGUACUAUUUCAAAAAAUUCUUCAUUUGUUGAAAAGUAUUCUGAAGGAUUUGUUUGUUUGUUUAAUAAAUUGUCAUUUUAUGUGAGUUAAAGUUAACGCCUCGUUUCUUACAGACUUGAAUACAGACUAGUGAUAUUUUACACUCAGUCUGGCCCAUGUUGGCUAUACUGUAUAGGCCUCGUUAUAAAUCUGAUCUGACCCUCUGAGGUUUAGCUCUUCUUUAAUGGUGUGCAUUCAUCACAAUAUGUUUGGACUGUAAUCUGCUGCACAGAUUCAGAUCUUAAAUAUGUUUACUCUCACCAAA